AUGGGGCACAAAGGAAUCUCGGUGACAGGCCUGGUCUGCUGCGUUGCUUUCUUUCUUCUACCGCUGCACUCCGCCUAUGGAGACGUGAGCUAUUCUUUUCCGGAGGAGAUGAAACGCGGAUCUGUUAUUGGAAAUAUAGCCAAGGAUCUCGGGCUGGAGGCGAGCAGACUUUCCGCUCGUAAGGCCCGUGUUGAUACCGAUGGGAACCGUAAACGUUACUGUGACAUUAAUCUGAGUACCGGAGAUCUGAUUGUUGCGGAGAGGUUUGACAGAGAAGGGCUUUGUGGCAAGAAGGCUUCGUGUGUUUUAAAACAGGAACUUGUAUUGGAGAAUCCUUUAGAGCUUCACAGUAUCAGUCUUCAUGUUCAAGAUAUAAAUGAUAAUUCUCCGCAAUUUAAGGACGAAGUGAUUAAAAUUGAAAUGAGCGAAUCAGCAGAUAAAGGCGCUCGUUUUUUACUUGAUCAGGCACACGAUGCAGAUGUAGGACAGAAUGCAGUGCAAAGGUACACUUUACAAAAAAAUGACAAUUUCCUAUUGACGGUUGAUAGUCAUACUGUGGAGCUUGUUCUAGAGAAAGAGCUUGAUCGUGAACAAAGCAAUGAAAUAAAAGUAUUGCUUACAGCUGUAGACGGAGGCUCUCCGCAGAGAUCAGGUACUGUAGUCAUACACGUCACUGUACUGGAUGCUAACGAUAACGCCCCAGUGUUUAGCCAGGCCGUCUAUAAAGCCAGUCUGCCUGAAAACUCUCCUUUAGAUACUGUAGUGGUUACAGUGAGUGCUACGGAUGCAGAUGACGGAGUGAAUGGGGAAGUUACCUAUGACUUCGCUCAUGUGUCAGAGGAAGAUGACAAAUUAUUUUCUAUCGACCGGAAGACUGGAGAAAUUAGAGUGAUCGGCACAAUUGAUUUUGAAGAAAUGUCAUAUUUUGAACUGCGCAUCAAAGCAAAGGAUGGUUUAGGGUUAGCAUCAUAUGUCAAAGUCAUAAUAGACAUCACAGAUGUUAAUGACAACAACCCUUCGAUUUAUAUACAAUCUCUGACUAAUCCCAUACCUGAGAACGCGUCACCUGGUACAGAGGUGGGCAUCAUUAACGUGCAGGAUAGAGACUCUGAGAAUAACCGACAGGUCCGCUGCUCCAUUCAGCAAAACCUUCCUUUUAAGCUGGUGCCAUCCAUCAAAAACUACUAUUCUCUGGUGACCACGGGCGAACUGGACCGUGAACUAGUGUCUGAUUACAAUAUUACAAUCACUGCCACCGACGAGGGCUCUCCACCUCUGUCCUCCUCUAAAAGUGUUCCGUUAUCUGUAGCUGACGUCAACGACAACCCACCUGUGUUUGAGGAACAGUCCUAUAAAGCCCACGUGACUGAAAAUAACAAACCCGGUGCCUCCGUGUGUUCCGUUACUGCACGGGACCCAGACUGGAGACAGAACGGAACAGUGAUUUAUUCUCUCUUACCUGGUGAGGUGAACGGUGUCCAAGUGUCCUCGUUUUUAUCCGUUAACGGAGACACGGGGGUGAUCCACGCUGUGAGGUCGUUUGAUUAUGAGCAGUUCAGAAGUUUUAAAGUCCACGUGGUGGCCAGAGACAACGGUUCUCCUCCGCUCUGCAGCAACGUCACGGUCAGUGUGUUCAUAACGGAUGUGAAUGACAACUCUCCUCAGAUACUAUACCCCGCCCCGGAGCGGAACUCAUUCAUGACCGAGCUGGUUCCCAAAGCUGCGCACGGGGGCUCCCUUGUUUCCAAGGUGAUAGCGGUGGACGCGGACUCCGGCCAGAACGCCUGGCUGUCCUAUCAUAUAGUCAAAUCCACUGUUCAAGGACUUUUCACUAUUGGUCUCCACAGUGGAGAGAUCAGGACACAGCGGGACAUUUCUGAAUCUGACAGCAUGAAACAGAACCUCAUUGUGUCAGUGAAAGAUAACGGACAGCCCUCUCUCUCUGCCACCUGCACCAUGUAUUUAGUGAUUUCUGAUAACUUGGCUGAAGUGCCAGAACUGAAAGAUAUCUCUGAUGAGAACAAUUCCAAACUCACCUCUUAUCUGAUCAUCGCGCUGGUGUCCGUCUCCACCUUUUUCCUCACCUUCAUUUUUGUCAUCCUGGCCGUGAGGUUUUGCCGCAGGAGAAAGCCCCGACUGUUGUUUGAUGGAGCGGUUGCCAUCCCCAGUGCGUAUAUCCCUCCCAACUACGCAGAGGUGGAUGGAGUGGGAACUCUCCGCAGCACUUACAAUUAUGACGCAUACCUGACAACGGGAUCGCGCACAAGUGACUUCAAGUUCGUCACAUCUUGCAACGACAACACUCUGCCCGCGGACCAGGCUCUGAGAAAAACUCCAACAGACUUUGCUGAAGAACUUGACGAUUCCAACGGGUCCCCCCCAGAGCAUGAGUUUGGCGCCUGA